CCGACUUCUUUUUGCUUUCUCCUCUUCCCGCUCCCAGCAGCAGGACGAGACCUCGGCAUUGGACAUGGCCGCGCGCUCGUCGACCGUCGCCUAGGCCUCCUCUCCUCUACCUAUGACGCCGCGAUAGCGCUCGCCUAUCCCUCCACCACACCCCACGCUCUCCCGACAUGGACGCACCGGACUCGCAUGCGCAGCGGCGCACACGCUCCUCGACCUCCAAAGCCGCAGCGGAACCGCUUGGGCGCGCCGACACGCGCGCGACGGCGUCGACGCAUAAGCAUGUGCCGUGGUGGCAGAUACGCUGGGGCAGGGGCAUGGUCAACGAUGUGCGGCGGCGCGCGCCCUUCUAUGUCAGCGAUUUUACCGAUGCGUGGGACUAUCGCGUCGUCCCUGCUACGGUGUACAUGUAUUUUGCCAACAUUCUUCCCGCGCUGGCCUUCUCGCUCGACAUGUUCUCCAAGACGGAAAUGAGCUUUGGCGUUAAUGAGGUGUUGCUGGCGUCGGUGCUGGGGUCCGUGGUGUUCGCGCUGUUGUCCGCGCAGCCGCUGGUUAUUGUGGGGGUUACGGGUCCAAUCACCGUGUUCAACUACACCGUAUACGAUAUCAUGGCGCCGCGCGGGACGAACUAUUUUGCUUUUAUGUGCUGGAUCGGGCUCUGGUCGCUGGUCAUGCACUGGCUCCUCGCCGUCACCAAUGCUUGCAACGGCCUUAAAUACGUGACGCGCUUCUCCUGCGACAUCUUCGGCUUCUACGUCGCGUGCAUCUACCUCCAAAAAGGCAUCCAGGUCCUCACGCGGCAGUGGGACGCCGGCGACACGUCCGCCUACCUCUCCAUCAUGAUUUCGCUGUUAGUCUUGAUGGUGGCGUACCUGGGCGGUGUGGUCGGCAGCGGCAACCUCUUUCAUAGAUCCGUCCGGAAGUUUCUGGAAGACUAUGCUACGCCUCUGACGGUCGUCUUUUUUACGGGCUUUGUUCAUAUUGGCAAGAUGAGGGAUGUGGAGUUGUUGACGUUGCCGACGAGCAAGAGUUUCUUCCCUACGAUUGAUAGGGGGUGGUUUAUUCACUUCUGGGAUAUUGACGUGGCAGACAUAUUCAUUGCAAUCCCUUUCGCCAUCCUCUUGACGAUUCUCUUUUACUUUGACCACAACGUAUCCUCCCUCAUAGCACAAGGCACGGAAUUCCCGCUCCGCAAGCCCGCCGGCUUCCACUGGGACAUCUUCCUCCUAGGCAUAACCACAGGCGUAGCCGGGCUGCUCGGAAUCCCCUUCCCCAACGGACUGAUCCCACAAGCGCCCUUCCACACCAACGCACUCUGCGUGACACGCACCGAGCACGACGACGAAGCGGAAGCGUACAAAGGGCACACGCGGCGGGUCGUCGACCACGUCGUGGAGCAGCGCGUGUCGAACCUAGCGCAGGGCCUGCUAACGCUAGGCACGAUGACGGGCCCGCUGCUCGUGGUGCUGCACCUGAUCCCGCAGGCGGUGCUGGCGGGGCUCUUCUUCGUCAUGGGCGUCCAGGCCCUCGAGGGCAACGGCAUCACGCUCAAGCUUGUCUUCCUGUGCAAAGACGGCGCGCUGACUCCCGCCAGCGACCCGCUCAAGCGCCUGCGCCGCCGCGCCGUCUGGGCGUUUGUCGCGCUCGAGCUGUUUGGCUUUGGCGCGACGUUCGCCAUCACGCAGACGAUUGCGGCGAUUGGCUUCCCCGUCGUCAUCCUCUUGCUCAUUCCCGUGCGCACGUGGGUCCUGCCCAGGUAUUUCUCGCCGCUCGAGCUCGGCGUGCUGGACGCCCCCACCGCGUCGCCGUUUACGAUGGAGAGCGUGGGCGGGAACCAUGGCGAGGAUGUGGCUGAUCCGAAUGAGAACGUGGGGGUCGUGGCGACGGGGAGGGAGGGCGAGAGCGGCAGUGGUGCCGAGAGCGAUGAUGCGGAGCGUGGGCUUGCGGGGUGGUUGGCUGCGCCUGGACAGGCGGGGAAGAGCGUCCGGAGGGCCAGUUUUAGGAGUAGAGAGGGGCGAGAGGGGGACGAGGGGAUUGAGUUGGCGGGGGUCGGGAAGGGGAAGGCGAGGUAGUAGGGGGUAUGUGUGCUCGAGCAAGAUAGAGAACGAUACAACCCAUCCCCACAGCCCCCUCCCCAUCUAGCUACACACCCAACGCCAGACACAACGAGAAGAUCUUAGAACACAUACAUCCG